GUGUGUGGAAGAAAAUUUCCCCCGCUCUGAGCCCGCGCACUCUUACAGUCUUACUCCCUUCCCUUCCCUUCCGUUCGUCCCCAACAGUGAAAUCCUCGUGCCCUAGCUGCUGCUCCGGUCGUCGUUUGUCGCCGUUGUCGUCGCCAUCAAUUGUCAUGGCUCACCUUGCCUCAUCCAAAGUUGGGGAGAUUUUCCAAGGAAAGAUGAGGCUGCCUAAUCUUGGUUCUAUACUCACAGAUACUGGAGACAAGAGAGCAUAUUUUUGCAGCUUUCUCCUUCUGGGUGCUGUUCUUGGUUUAGCCCGCCUUGUUGGGACUCCCUCUUUUGUUAGUAACAAACAUGUAGCAAAGGCAUCUAAGAGCUUGUUGGCCAUGGCAGUUGGAAUAAAACAAAAAACAGCUGUGGAUCAAAUUGUUGAGAAGUUUUUCUCCAGCAAUUUCACUAUAAUGCUCUUCCAUUAUGAUGAUGUGGUGGAUGAGUGGAGAGACUUACAAUGGAGUGGUAGUGCCUUACAUGUCUCUGCAAUCAAUCAAACAAAAUGGUGGUUUGCCAAGCUUUUCUUAUAUCCAGAUGUAGUUGCUGAGUACAAUUAUAUAUUCCUUUGGGACGAAGAUCUUGGAGUAGAGCAUUUUCAUCCUGGAUGGUAUGAGCUCUCAUGUAAUAAGUGUAUAGGAAUUAUAUAUCAAUGAUUGAGAGGGAAGGGUUAGAGAUAUCACCACCUGUAUCGGACGUUGCUAAAUUAGAGGUGCAUCAUCAAAUCACUGCAUGUGGGAGGCAAGAAGAUGUGCAAAGGUCCGGUCUUAGUAAUUAUUAGGAGCUGUUCAUUUUCACUGUUGGCUUAUACUUGUGUUUUCAAUAAAUCACUCUAUAUUACUGAUGCCUAUUUUUAGUCAUUUUACUAAUGUCUAAUGCUCAUUGGAAUACACAAUGGAUUCAUGGACAAUGCAACACCACUCUUUUCCCUUUCAUAUCUUAACCUCCAAGUCCAGGUAAAGCAUUGUAUUUUACAAGUUCAAGUACCGCAUCAGUUGCUACACAGAUUUUCAUUCAUUAAUUUGUGCUUUCCUUUUUGUGGGCCUCUAUGUGUGCUUGAUAUUGCUCAUCCAAUUAAAGAAAACAUGAAUCUUUAUGACUACCUUCUGUACUCAGCAGAUGUUCCGGUGUCCUGAAAAUAAGUUGCUGUUGGAUAUCCUGGACAUCAUUGAAAGCAAAGGAGGAAUUUGCAGUUGAAAUCCCUAUAAAAAUAUUUUUGCUUAUUUAACUUGUACAAUUUGCAGAUCAUCUGAAAUGAUUUACUAAGUUUCAGACAUUUUAUCCUAAAUACACACAAAUGCAAUAGUGGGAUUGAUGCAUGUACCUGCACAUUUUACAUCUAGUGAGGUAAUCUUUUUUCUGAAGUUUAUACUUACUAACAUUUAAAAACAAUGAUGAUAAACUAAAUUGAUUGUAUGAGUUGGUGCAUGGAGAGGAGAGGCUUAUCCCUAGUGAAGCCAAUCUUUGUUCCCACUUGACCUUGUUGGAAGAUGAACUCUUUGGAAAUUCAGGAAUAUGAACAGCUGGGUUGAAGUAGAAUUCUUGAUACCGAGAUGCUCCAAGUGCAUUGAAAAUGUUUGUAUUUAUUGCACUUAUUAGAUUAUACAUUGGUUUUGAUGUUAAUGCAUAUCAUGAAUCACUCUAUGAGAUUAGCCAUCUUUAAUGUGUUUGUGCCACUAAAGUUGCUUGCAAUUGCUGAUACACAGUUUGCAUCAAUUUUAGUGAUGCUAGAAAGGUUCAAACUCAUAAAGCAUGCUUUGCAAUCUAUGCUUUGCAAACACCUGCUGAAUUCAUUAUGUUAUUGUUGGGUAGAUUUUUAUGAUCAAUUCAAUAGCCAACGUACCAGUUUUCCACAUUAUGGGUGUUAUCUGUUGCAUAUAUUACUCACCAUAUUGCUGAUAUAUUUUUCUCACUGCUUGUAGAAAGAGAAUCUGGUUUCUUACUACUUUUAUGCUUGACCAUGAUACAGGCAGUCUCAGUUGAUUGGAGUAGAUGGGGUUUGUUAUUAUGUAUUGUUGGUUUUCUCAAGCUUCAUCUGCUGCUUAACAGGCUUCAAAUUAGAUCGUGGGAGGUCUUUCAGUGCUUCAGGAUCCAAAAUAUCUUUCAGUUCCUUCUAACUAUUGCUGUCCUUUGUAUAUCUAUUUAUUAGAAAGGGUGGCAAGGCACUGCUAGCUUUUUGUGACUUCAUAUUCACCCAUCUUAUUUGUUGUUUGUGUAGAGAGGCAGAUCACCUGCCACCUCUCACUCUUUAUGCCUUGUUUUGGAGUUAUAUUUUGGUAGCUCAUAUCUCUAUCUGUAAUUUU